AUGCUUAACAUGGGCGGCCCCUCGACCGUCCCCGAGACACACGACUUUCUCAAAAACCUCUUCAUGGACGGCGACCUCAUCCCCCUCCCCUUCCAGCGCGUGCUCGCACCCAUCAUCGCCAGGCGCCGCACGCCCCAAAUCGAAAAGCAGUACGCGGACAUAGGCGGCGGCUCGCCCAUCCUGCGCUACACCGAGUUCCAGGGCGAGAAGAUGUGUGAGCUCCUCGACGAGCUGCACCCCGAGACUGCGCCGCACAAGAACUACACCGCGUUCCGGUACGCGAACCCGCUCACGACCGAGACGGCGAGGCGGAUGAAAGAGGACGGCGUGAGGCGGGCGGUCGCGUUCACGCAGUAUCCGCAGUACAGCUGCAGUACCACCGGGAGCAGUCUGAAUGAGAUAUUCCGGAGAGGGCGGGCAGGGGAGAUUGGCGAUAUUGAGUGGAGCGUCAUUGACCGGUGGGGGACGCAUCCCGGGUUCGUGGAGGCCGUCGCUCAAAACAUCGAAGCGACCCUUUCUCAGUACGAGCCAUCCAAACGGAAAGACGUCGUUCUCCUCUUCUCGGCACACUCGCUGCCCAUGUCUGUGGUGAACCGGGGAGAUCCCUACGUCCCGGAGGUCUCGGCCUCGGUGAGCGCCGUCAUGGACCGACUGGGGCACUCGAAUCCGUACCGCCUGGUCUGGCAGUCUCAGGUGGGGCCUUCGGCCUGGAUGGGCAUGCAGACUGGAGAGGCAGUCAAGGGUCUGGCGCGCCUGGGUAGGAAGAACGUUGUGCUCGUGCCGAUUGCUUUCACGAGCGAUCAUAUCGAGACGCUGUACGAGAUCGACUUGGAGUAUAUCCAUGAAGGCAAAGAGCUUGGUAUGGAUAUUCGGAGAGCGGAGUCAUUAAACGAGUCGCCCGUAUUUAUUCGCGCGCUGGCUGAUAUUGUCACGAAACAUCUCAAGGACUAUUCUGCAGGGAAGGGUCCUACGAGUGUGCAGCUGGACCUUCGGUGUCCGGGGUGCACCAAUGUUACUUGUGCCCAGCAGAAAAGCUGGUUCGCGCGCGGCGGUCGUUGA